GCUCAAGGCCCUACUAGGUUUAUGAGUAUAUCAACACCGUAUCAGGCUCGUGCCGUCACUGUGUCUUCCCCCCCCCUUACAACGUAGGUAUGUCGGCGUCGUAUGCAUGCAGGCAUGUACAUAUUGUACAUCGUAUGGAGCGCUGUAACCUCGUCGUGUAAAUCGUCUAUCUGCUACUCGUCCAGAAUUUUCCCUUCCUGUGUGAGAUCUUACAACGCUUCACAUGGCUGGACUGGCAUGUUCCUCUUCUGCUCCCCACUUCGUCGAUCAUCACGAUCCAGAGCCCGCCAACCGCUACACAUGUAUACAUAUAUACUUAGGGGGACUCCUCUUCUUUUUUUUGGGUUGCCUCUCUUGUCCUCCGAUACUCUCCCCGUUCAUCAACAGGUAAUCAGAGCAGCGGGUCCGGCGAGCAUCUUCUUCCCUACCGGCUAGCCUCUUAAGAAUUGCUGAGCUUGGCUCCUCUCCACCAGGUCAGGGUUUCCUGGUAUGGAUGGGUGAGUGUGUAUGCGCUAGACCAAGUAAGCGGCCGGGGGGGAUCCUUGAGGUGGCCUUCCCCGAGGUCUAGCUGUUAAAUGACCAUCGCGGCCAUCAAAAGGACGACGCUAAGGCCUCGGUCGUGCGUGUACGUGUAUCAUAGAAUGUCCAAGUAGUCGUGCUAGGACGCGAUCGAAGAAUACGAGCGAUGCUUGAGGCGAUAAGCCUAUAGUGCCUGACUAUGGCGCCUCAACCGGCACGUCUUCUUCUUUUUCCUACGAUGUAGGUACCGACGGGAUAUCCUAGUUGUCCGGCUCUGUCCAAUUGUAGUCCCCUCCCGCAUCUCCAGCGCUACCUAGGUAUCUC